CGGGCGCGCCGACCACGCCGCGGGGCAUGGUGAGCCCGGGGCGGCCGCUCCCCGCGGGGACCCGGCGGGCGGCCUCGCUGCUCCGCCCCAGCCUCCUUCUCCUGCUGCUGCUGCGAGGCACCGAGGCGCAGAAAGGUCUACCCAGUAGACGGUCAUUGGAGUGGACCUGCCAGAAGACUUCCAGAACUUGACUAAAGAUCACACAAGAUUGGACAUCCACCUUGCUAAGGAGGGAAAGAGCUCUCCUGAGAAGCUGACCAAAAAGUGGUUCAACAACCUGCUCCAGAGCAAUGCCAGUCUCCAGCUAUCCCUGGACAGCUACAGUGGACAGGUAUCGGUCCAGGCCCCAUCACACAAGCUGUUCCACGAGGAAUUCCACCUCAUUGCUCCUGAGAAAAGGAGUCUUAGGCCACUCAAGGCGCUUACAGUGUUCACUGGUGCAUCUGGAGCAUCCCACAAGUCGGUGAUGACUUGGAGAAAUCCCCAGACCCGCACUGGGAAGCUGAUGUUGAGUUUGUGGAACGAUCGCCCCAGAUUUCUGAGCUAGCUGCAGUGAACAGAAAAUCUACCUCCUACCUCACCUCACGAUGAGCCCUGUCCGAGUUGUCAUCCUGUUCACGCUGAGCAGUCUCACAGCUGCGUGGAUCGUUCCUCAGCCACGCCAAAACAUCUGGGUGACCCUGGCACAGACGCUCCAACAGGAAAAUAUAUGCCUGUCCACAGCAGCAGCAAAAGACCCAAUGUCUACCUGCCUGGUGAUGGGUGUGGACAUACUGUGCUGGGCCCUGAGAGUGGGACCCUGGCCUCCAUAAACUACCCCCAGACGUCUCCCAAUAGCACUGUAUGUGAGUGGGAAAUCCGUGUGAAGCCUGGGCAGCGAGUUCAGCUCAAGUUUGGUGAUUUUGAUAUUGAUGACUCCGAUUCCUGUCAUUCCAGUUACCUGAGAGUUCAUAAUGGCAUUGGCCCCAACAGGACAGAAAUAGGAAAAUACUGUGGGUUUGGCUUUCAAAUGGAUGGUUUAAUUAUUUCAAAAAGUAAUGAAGUCACAGUACAGUUCAUGAGUGGAAUUCACACUUCUGGACGUGGAUUUCUUGCAGCUUAUUCAACCACUGGCAAAUCAGACUUAAUUACCUGUUUAGACAUUGCAAGUCACUUUUCCGAACCAGAAUUCAAUAAGUAUUGCCCAGCUGGAUGUGUGAUUCCUUUUGCUGAUAUUUCAGGCACUAUUCCUCAUGGAUACAGAGAUUCAUCAUCACUUUGCAUGGCUGGUGUUCACGCAGGUGUCGUGUCAAAUACUCUGGGUGGUCAAAUUAAUGUUGUAAUCAGCAAGGGUAUUCCAUACUAUGAAGGCUCCCUGGCUAACAAUGUCACCUCAAAAUUGGGACCCUUGUCUACAAGUCUCUUCACCUUUAAGACAAGUGGUUGCUAUGGGACACUGGGGAUGGAGUCUGGGGUGAUUCCUGAUUCCCACAUCACAUCAUCAUCGAUUCUCGAGUGGCCUAACCAAACAGGACAAGUAAACAUUUGGAAACCUGAAAAUGCCAGACUAAAAAGGAUUGGACCUCCUUGGGCUGCUUUUAUCAGUGAUGAACAUCAGUGGUUGCAGAUUGACUUGAAUAAAGAAAAGAAAAUAACAGGUAUUAUAACUACUGGAUCAACUUUAGCAGAGCACUACUAUUAUGUCUCAGCCUACAGAAUUUUGUACAGUGAUGAUGCACAGAAAUGGACAGUGUACAGAGAACCUGGCAUGGGUAAAGAUAAGAUAUUUCAAGGGAAUACUGAAUUGUACCAGGAAGUUCGCAAUAAUUUCAUUCCACCUAUACUUGCACGUUUUUUUAGGAUUAACCCCUUAAAAUGGCACCAGAAAAUUGCAAUGAAAGUAGAAUUGCUAGGAUGUCAGUUUAGUAUAGGUCGUGCUCCUAAAAUCACUUUGCCAGUACCACCUCAGAACAAGAAUGAUAAGAAUGCUGACUUCAUGGAUGACUUCAUUCAUUCAGUGAAGACUCCGCUGCAGACAGAUAAAACAACUUUCACACCUGAAAUAAAAAACACUACAGUGACUCCAAGUGUAACCAAAGAUGUGGCAUUGGCAGCAGUUCUGGUUCCAGUGCUGGUGAUGGUCUUCACUACCCUGAUUCUUAUCUUAGUUUGUGCGUGGCAUUGGAGAAACCGCAAGAAAAAAACUGAGGACACGAAUGAUCUACCUUACUGGGAUCGUGCAGGAUGGUGGAAAGGGAUGAAGCAGUUUUUCCCCAUCAAAUCAGCAGAACAUGAAGAAACUCCUGUAUGCUACAGCAGCAGUGAAAUCAGUCACCUAAGACCAAGAGAAGUCCCAACAAUGUUGCAAACAGAGUCUACAGAAUAUGCUCAGCCUCUGGUAGGGGGAAUUGUGGCCACACUUCACCAGAGAUCAACCUUCAAACCAGAGGAAGGAAAAGAAGCCAAUUAUGCUGACUUGGACCCUUACAAUUCCCCCAUCCAAGAAGUUUACCAUGCCUAUGCCAAGCCACUGCCCGUAACCGGACCUGAGUAUGCGACUCCAAUAAUCAUGGACGUGUCCAGCCAUCCCAGCACCCCUCUUGGCACUCCUUCCAUUUCCACCUUCAAAGCUGCAGGGAAUCAAGCUCCUCCACUGGUUGGAAUGUGCAAUAAACUGUUAUUCAGGACAGACAGUGCAUCCUCAGCACAGGCACUGUACGAUAUACCAAAGGGGCAGCCAGGGCCCUGCAGUGCUGACCGACUUGUGUACCAGGUGCCACAGAGCAUGGCCCAUCCCACUGGAUCCAGGAGGCACGGACUGACAAAGCAAACUACCUGGGAACUGCUUUUACAUUAUUCCCUACGCUUGUGAGGGCCACUUGAAUAUCAUCUGCCUCCAAGUCAGACUUCCCUGAUGCUCAGUGCAAGAAGCAUUCAGGUCUUGGAGGUGACUUGAAUUGAGAAAGGCCCUGCCCUGCCCUCCCCCAGUGUCCAUUAUUCUGUGUUCAGGUGUGAGCUUAUACAAAAAAGAUCUGUACAUACUUUUGUGAGUGCUUAAGGAAGCACACAAAUAUUCUAAUGGUGCACAGUUUCUGUUAGACAUGCAUUUAGCACAUAUGGUAUGUUUUAGCACAACUGCCAAAUUUAGCCUUAGGGCUUUUUUUAUGAUUGUUCUUAUUAGAAGCAUGAAAGAUUCCAAAACCUUUGCAAAUGAAUGAGUACUAUUCCAAAGAGUGUCCAUUUCCAACUUAUUUAUUGGAAUUUGUAUCCUUUGAAUGUUCCAGUGUUCUGUACUAUGAAAAUAUCGCAAUCAGUCAUUUACUGGGGUAAUGUAGACUCAUUUUGGCUAGGUUAUCACAAAAUGAAAACAGUCUGAAUGACAUAUUUGCCAUUUUUUAUCUUGUUAGGAAAAACACCCACAGCUUUCUCACCUAAGUAGGAGAAAAUUCUACUAUAAAAAUGCUGUAUUUUUAUUCUAACAGCACUGUUGGAAGGAUGCUGAAUCAACUCAUAUAUGUGGACCCCCUCCCUACACAGUAGCCCAGUUUUAUGGACUUCAGGUGUUACUGUUUGUUUGUGAUGAAAUUCAAAGCCUUCUUUACUGCCCAGGUCCUUAAAUGCUGUGGAAAAUGUCUGAAUGGAAGCUGCAGUGCUGUUCAAGGGGCUGACACCAUGCCUUAUCACCAGUAAAGUAUCCUCACUUACCCCUGAAAAUCUGUUUGUAGAGGGGCUGUAUAUAAACUCUGGAGUCAAAAAUCACUUGUGGCCUGUUCAGCAUCUAAAAUAUGAUAUUAUGUAGAAUCAUAGAAUGGCUGGGGUUGGAGACCUUAAAGAUCAUCUACUUCCAAUCCCCUGCCAUGGGCAAGGACACCUUCCACUAGAUCAGAGCUCCAUUGAACCUGGCCUUGAACACUUCCAGGGAUGCGGGUAUGCAUAAUUUCUCUGAGCAACCUGUUCCAGUGUCUCACCAUCCUCACAGUAAAGAAUUUCUUCCUUUUAUCUAACCUAAACUUCCCCUCUUUCAAGUCUCCACUCAUUUCCCCCGUCCUGCCACUGCAGUUCGUGACAAGGACUCCCUCUCCGGCUUCCCUAUGGGUCCCUUCAGGUACUGGAAGGUUGUAAUGAGGUUCCCACACAAUCUUCUCUUCUCCAGUCUGAGCAGCUCCAACCUUCCCAGCCUGUCUCCACAGGGGAGGUGCUCCCAUCCUCUUACCAACCUCGUGGCCUCCUCUGGACUUGCUGUAGCAGUUCCAUGUCCUUCUUAUAUUGGGGGCACCAGAGCUGGAUGCAGCACUCCAGGUAGGGUCUCACCUGAGCAGACGAGAAUCCCUCACCCUUCUGGCCAUGCUCCUCUUGAUGCAGCCCAAGAUCCCAUUGGCUUUCUGGGCUGUCAGAGCACAUUGCUGGCUCAUGUUGAGUUUUUCAUCAACCAUCACCCCCCGUCCUUCUCUGCAGGGCUCCUCUCAGUCACUUCUCUGCCCAAGCUGUCUGUGAGCCUGGGGUUGCCCUGACCCAGGUGUAGGACAAUACCUUUUUCAACUCCAGGAGGUGCCACCUCUCAGGGCUGUCCGGUCCCUCUGGAUGGCAUACCUUCCCUCCAGCAUGUUGAUGGCACAUCACAGUUUGGUGCCGUGGGCAAACUCGCUGAAGGUGUGCUCAGUCCCACUGUCAUCAGCAAAGAUGCUGAACGUUCUCUGUGAUACCUUAAAGCCCAGUUGUAGAAUUUCUGAUCAUUCAUUCUCAUUAAUUGAGAAUGACAUUUUUUAGUUAUUUGUUUUAGAGCUCGGUGCCUUAAGCCUAAAUGUGAAUGUAAGGAUGGUAAAUAAGACCCAUUUGUGAACAGCAAAUUCCUGCCUAUGAUUGUUCUUUUUUGUUACUGCAACUUUUUCUGACUGACAAAACUAGUCUGCAAUCUUUGUUGUUUUGCUUAAACAGGUAACUGUUCCUAGCUAUCAGCAGCAACUAUGACUGAAAUUAUCUGAGCUGAUUUUAUUUCAAGGGGUGGGAAGUUCUUAGUUUCCAUUAAGAUGUGACAAUACGGUUACAGCGAAGUUAAGAAUCCUUUCCAUUCUCAACCUGUACCAGUUUAGGCUUAGAAAAAUUAAUCUAUCAUAAAAAUAAAUGGAUGUGUCCAAGUCAGUAUAAAUAACACACCUGGAUUUGAUUUUUACUGCAGACCAGGAAUGGUAGAACUGUGGAUAGCUGAAGGCUAAGGUGGUUUAAGAAUUAUGCAGUUUCUCUGCAGUGGGUUAUAUUUUAAGCAAAGAUAAUGCAAUUUCAUUCUCUGAGGAGCAUAAGCUGUUAAAGGAAUGGAUGUUUUUAAAAUGUGAGCCCCUUUUUGGAAGGAAUUUGGUCCCAGUCUGUGCUCCUACUUCAGACUUUGGACAUGUUGUCUGCUAGGGCUAAGAUAUAUUUGAACAUGUAACAGUUGGGUUUAAAUUGCAUGGCACACUAAGACUGGAAUUUCCCUGUGUACAAUAAAGGGAAGGUACAUUUCAUGGGUCUCUCUUACAUGUGUAUAUAAAAUGUAUUUCAAUCUUGUUUGGCUUGAGUAUUCUCCCAGAAUGUAUGUUCUUACCUCAGCAUGUAUUGUAGUUGCUCAGUAUUUGUAUAUGUUGCUAGGACUUAGACUGUAUAAAUAGUGAGGGGGUUUUAUAUGUUAAAAAGUAUUUUAAAUAAAUUGUACAUACGUAUUGCUCAGU